UACUCGGUCUCUUUUUGUACGUCUUCAUCUAAGCGCGCUACAACAAGGAACGAGUCGAGGGUUUUUACCCUUUUUUUCAAAGUUUAACCGGACAAGUCGCCAAAAUUCCACCUUUCAAGGAUUUCGAUAUCCCUSCCCUUUUCCCUACCGGACUGGACCUGAAGUUUGAGCAAGAAUCAUUCAAUCUGGCUCCAAUAUGCAACAACGAUGCAAUGGACGUGCUCGAGGAUCUGUAUGAAACGGGCGAAUGGUCGGCAGCAAGUUCUCCUUGCUCCGAGCUGUUUGAUGAUAUACCAUCUCCUGCAUCAAGCCUCGAGGAUUCUUGCAUAAGUGACUUCUCCAUCGAUCUCACAACUUAUCUGGAUCCAGCCGCACUAAGCACAAGCCCAGAGGACCUGUGCAAGUACCUACCCCAUCACAAUGAAGCACAUCCAGUAGAAGUAGAGUCUUCGUGUAGAUACCCACAUGUAACCAUUAAGUCAGAACCUAAAGAUGCAUACCCACAAAAACCGAUCAUGUCAUUCAACAAACCACCAGCGGUUGUUAAGGAAAGCCAGCAGAAGAAACAAUUGCCCUCUGCACAGUUGAAAGCUCCCUCAUCGCGUACUUCACGAAAGCACAGCAACAACAAGCGGAUGCCUGACAAGCACACCGAAGAGUACCGUCAGAAGCGUGAACGAAACAACAUUGCAGUCCGCAAAAGCCGCUUCAAGACUAAACAAAAGUUUGUCGACACUCUGAUGAAAGUCGAGGAGCUCACCGAGGAAAACGAUCGGCUCCGUUCCAGGGUCGAUCAUCUUACUAAGGAGCUCAGUGCUCUCCGUGGCUUGUUUUCAAACMCAUCUAUCUUCAAGGAUCAGGCAUUGGCAAGGGCUUUAUUGGCCCAAGGACUUGCAUCUUCUCUUGGUCAUUCUUCAUGAUGAUCAUGAUCACAAAAACUCACAAAAAAAAACAUGGACUGUGUCGUAUAAAAUAUAUAAAAUCGAGGAAAAAAGUUGAUUUUAGUCGCAUCUAACUUGUAACAACAAGGGUUAGUAUAUGUGUAAUAAAUCUUCUUCAAUAACUCAA